UUGUUUUUACCUGAUCUAGUAGAUGGACCGUGUUUUUCUAUGUCUGGUGGCCAUGGAAAAUAGUUCCGGAACUUGCUUUUUGUACCGCUAUGCUUGAAAUAAGUGCGUGUUGUGCGGGAUUAUGAAGUCAAUUGCUUUGCCGAAGAAGAAACCAGAUGCCGAGAAACAUUCAAUCAAACAUGACGUGCUGGGCUACUCCAUAAAGUGACACAUCAGACGGCGGAGAUAGUAAUGGAGCUGCUCCCAGUGAAACAAGGGAGGCGGAUUGUUGGAUUUUUUCGGAAGGAAGCUGAAAAUUCACGUUUUUGAAGAAUCGUACUAGUUAGCAGGCAGCCCACCCACUGGAUGUCAGUCGCUGGUGUGCAGAAUGUAAACAAAACAAACGUCAAAAUGUGAAGUGAAGCGAUUUGUUGUGUCUCGUCCCGUGAAGUGCAGUAGACGUGUUUUUAUGUGUGUUUCUCGUUUGUUGUGUAUAUUUUUUUAUCUGUUGCCAGCAGCUCUGGUCCGGAACGGAAAUCGGCUAAAUGUUGUUUUAACCAAUUUGGAUGCUAGAAUCCCUAACCUGCGGUGGGACCGCUGCUGCCGCGGGCACCCGAGACGUGUGUAAACAAAACUAGAAAUGAGGUCUGCCUCCCAGAGAGGUAGCAGCAGCAGCAAAUCGAGUAGCAUUAAAAAUCAAUACUAGCAUAUACUAAACAAAAAUACCGAAAACCGGAGCGUGAUGUGUUUCGGAGUGGCGUUGAAUUAUUUACGUAUAGGGAGAAAAUUGUUGCAUGAAUAAUGUGAAAUUCGGGGGGCAUCGUGUUUCCAGUUCUAACUUCUAGCGUCGAAAUGAUUCAGCAGAGUGUGUGAAAUUCUACGAUUCAACACGACCGAAUAGCUAAAAGCAAAUGUAUGUUGAAUCCAACCAAAAUUUAUUAUGUGUGGAAAGCAGAAAAAGUGAAAAAUUAAUUGUGUGUAGUGUGUAACAUCUAUUAAUCUGUGUCCGUUUUUCCGGCUUGCAGUACGUACUACGGUGUUAAUUUCUGUACAACUGGCGAAGUGAACCGUUCUCCGCAGGCAUCGGGCCGGACAGUGCCAGAAAGGGGAUCAUGCAUAAUUCAGUGUGAAACGAAUAAAGUUUCGGCACACCAUCAAGCCGUGUUUGCGAAUUAAUAAAGCACUGCUGAGGAAAGUUCGCCCGCCCUUCGGUCCAUUCCAGCUCACAAUGCAGGCAAAAAAGCGCUACAUCCUAGUGAUAAUCUGCUGUGCAUUCCUGGCGUAUUGCUACUUUGGCGGGUACCGGCUCAAAUGGCUGCAGAAAUUGUUCGCCAUCAGUGUGCGGAAAAACCCUUCCAAACUCCCGCCAUAUCAGCAAAUGCACUAUCAGUUUUCCGAUGCCUUAGAGCAUCCGAAUACCAGCCCGGUACGUGUUGGUCGGCCCGCACUGGACGACGAUCUGUACGCGUAUCCGGCCCUCGAAUCCAAAUACAUCGGCGAUUUACCUCAAUCUCCUGCGCGAACUUGUAGAAUGGAAACGUGUUUCGAUUUCUCACGAUGUUCCGAUCAAAGUUUUCUAGUCUACGUGUAUCCACCGGAACCGCUGAACUCGCUGGGUGCUCCCCCGCCGGUCAGUCCGAACUAUCAGAAAAUCAUCUCCGCCAUCCAGGAGAGCCGAUACUUUACGCCCGAUCCGGAAAAGGCGUGCCUCUUCGUGCUCGGCAUCGACACCCUGGACCGUGACUCGCUGAGUGAAGACUACGUGCGGAACGUUCCGUCUCGGCUGCAGCGGUUGCCGCACUGGAAUAACGGCCGCAAUCAUAUCAUCUUCAAUCUGUACUCUGGCACGUGGCCAGACUACGUCGAGGUCAGUCUGGGGUUCGAUCCGGGCCAGGCAAUACUGGCCAAGGCCAGCAUGAGCGUGCAGUCGUUGCGGCCGAACUUCGACGUCAGUAUACCGCUGUUCCACAAGCAGUUCCCGCUGCGCGGUGGCAACACCGGCCUGGUGGCGAGCAACAAUUUUCCGGCCAACAAGAAGUAUCUGCUGGCGUUCAAAGGAAAAAGAUAUGUGCACGGGAUCGGUUCGGAAACGAGAAAUUCCCUCUUCCAUCUGCACAACGCUCGGGAUCUGGUGCUGGUGACGACCUGUCGGCACGGGAAGAGCUGGCGGGAUCUGCAAGACGCACGCUGCGACGAAGAUAAUCGAGAGUACGACAGAUACGACUACGAAACUUUAUUACAAAAUUCAACAUUUUGCCUUGUGCCGAGAGGACGUCGUCUAGGAUCGUUUAGGUUCCUCGAGGCGCUCCAGGCAGGUUGUAUACCGGUGCUGCUGUCCAACUCGUGGGUGUUACCGUUUCAGUCGAAAAUCGACUGGCAGCAGGCAGCAAUCUGGGCCGAUGAAAGACUGUUAUUGCAGGUGCCGGAUAUUGUACGUUCGAUCUCCACCAGCCGCAUCCUAGCCUUACGUCAACAAACUCAAGUGCUUUGGGAGCGUUAUUUUAGUUCCAUCGAGAAAAUAGUUUUCACUACGUUCGAGAUUAUCCGAGAGAGACUGCCAGACUACCCCCAUCGGAACGGACUGACCUGGAACCAGUCGCCGGGAGCUCUGCUGACGAUUCCAACCUUCUCCGAUUCGGCCCAUCGGUUUCCGUUUCUGCUGGAUACGGUAGGUUACCGGCCUGCACCGAACUACACGGCCGUAAUCUUCGUUCAGAUCGGCGCCCAGCUGACACCAAAUACCGCUUUGUACAAGCUAGUCAAAUCCAUCACCAAAAGCCAAUUUGUAGAUAAGAUUCUAAUACUGUGGGCCUGCGACCGGUCGGCACCGGCCCGCAAACGUUGGCCCUCGACGGGUCACAUUCCACUGCACGUGAUAGGUGGCGGGUCCGGCGAGGACCGACUGAGCAUAUCCCAAAGAUUUUUCCCUCAUGAACAUAUCCAAACGGAUGCGGUGUUGUCACUGGACGAGGACGCCAUCCUGAAUACCGACGAGCUGGAUUUCGCCUACCAGGUGUGGCAGGACUUUCCGGAUCGUAUCGUCGGCUAUCCGGCGCGGGCACAUUUUUGGGAUGAUUCCAAAAACGCCUGGGGUUACACUUCCAAGUGGACCAACUACUACUCGAUCGUGCUGACCGGGGCAGCUUUCUAUCAUCGCUACUACAACUAUCUGUACACGAACUGGCUGUCCUAUCUGUUGCUGAAAACGGUCCAACAGUCGUCGAACUGCGAGGACAUUCUGAUGAAUCUGCUGGUGUCGCACGUUACGCGGAAACCGCCGAUUAAGGUGACCCAGCGGAAGGGCUACAAGGAUCGGGAAAGUGGGAGAUCUCCCUGGAACGAUCCGGAUCAUUUCAUUCAACGCCAGAGUUGUCUGAAUACAUUUGCAGCUGUGUUUGGCUAUAUGCCACUGUUACGUUCCAAUCUCCGACUGGACCCGGUACUGUAUCGAGAUUCGGUUUCGAACCUGAGGAAAAAGUAUCGCCAAAUCGAGCUGGUUGGCAGCUAGCGGUUCGUGUACGUUUACUAAGUCACUCUUCUUACCUGUGUAUUUCCACUGCGCGCUUCACCACAUCAUCAUCGAAACAACGGACAGCGGACAUCCCGUAGUGGCAGGCAGGAAAUUUAUCUCAUUUUUAAGGUGUCACGGGAUUAAACUCGCGAGUGUGAAGUGUGGAUGCCCGGCGCGACAAAAAAGGGGGAGGAUUAGCUUACAAAGCUAGUAAUAUCAAAACGGAAGAACAUCUGUAGAUAUACUCUACAAUUAAUCCAUAUUUUUUGUAUUCAAGCUAGUGUUUUUAAAACCCGUAUAGGACGACGAAAAGCAAUUUUUCGGUUAUGAACGAACUGAAUGCAAUUAGCAAAUACUAUAAGUCACGAAGCAGUCACACUGUGUGUAUGUACAGCGGCUAAAUCAAUUGAGGCAAGGAGUAAAUAGUUGGUUGUUAAACGUAUAGAUGAAUGCUAACCGACAGGCCAUACACAAGUCAUAUAAAGAAAUUUCGCUUUUGAAAUUAGUUUCUUCUCUGUAAAUACUAGCAUUCGGUAGGCCAAAAAACAGUAAGCAGAAAAAUGAAACUCAGAUAAAAAGGAAACAGAUAAACACAGUCAGUCAUAUACAUCAAUACCUGCCACCCGGUAACCGGGGCGGAGGCAGAAAGCGAACGUUUUAUCUUUUAGUGCGAUAAGUAGGACAAAUUAUAUCAAAGAACGAUUGCCAUCAUCAUUCGGAUGUACCCUGGAUGUGUGUGGGUGGGUGUGGAUUGGUGUGGGCAAACCAGCACCUACCGGUGACGAGCCGCACCGCUCGGCUCUUCCGUGAUGAAGGAGCAAAAGUUACUACACUCUAGCUGUUACGUAAAUAAGUGUACACGUUAAGGACAAAUAUUGAUUGAGAUUUUUUUUACACGGAACACCGGGCAGACUAAAACAGAAGAGUUAGGGAAGGAAAGAUUAAAAGGCUAAAAAACAAACAAAAUAAGGAAAAGAUUGAGUAGACUCAGCAGAAUUGAUUGCAAAAGUAAGCAGCUUUCUGAGUAACUAUUUUAAUUUGUGUUUUAAUUUAUACAUGCAGCUAAUUGUGUUUGAAAGGUUUUAAUUUUGACUAUACAUAGGAAAAAAAUGACUGAACAAAACAUUCAACACGUGUGUGUUUGCAGCUAGGACUUUGGCCAAGAUUUCUACAUAAUUUUAUUUGUAAAAAUAAUGAUAUUCAAGAGUUUUAAUUCAAUGGCUAGAAUAGAAGCGACAUUUGUAGUUUCACAAGUUCACAAUCUUGAAAGACAUCAAUGUUUUGAUAAGGAAGAGAAAUGGUAAAACGGAGAGCGUAAAAUGAUUGGUUUUCCGUCAUGUUCAGUUAUAGCUGGAAAUAUGAAAACACAACUGCGAAAUCAUCGGAGUGAAACAAAAUGUUAUAAGCUUGUUGUGGCGAACAAGAUUUUUCGACAGAUCAAAAAAUUGAAGAGAAGUUCGAAAAAAUGAUCUUCUUAUGAAGCAAUAUGUUGAAUUUCAAGUGAACUUUUAUGCUUUUGGAAUUUUGGAUUUUCUGAGGACUUUUGAUUUUCUUUUCUAAUUUUUGGGCUAUAAUUUUUUUACUCUUUAUAACUGAUGAAAUUCUAUUCGCGACUCGUUUCAUAUGUUUAGCUUUUUGGUCGUUUAGACUUUUAAACUCGCAGAUUGUAGAAAUUUUUGAUUUUUGAUUUUUGAACCACAGACUUUUGUUCUUCCUGAAUCCACUUGCAUAUGUGUAUACUUGAUACAGCUCGUGGUUUAUGCGUCUGCGUCACACUCCAUUUUUCUUUUUACUACCGCCAAAGCGCAGAAUCGCAGAAUUUAAUGCCUAAAAAUCCCAAGUACCAGUCGAUCAGCUUACUUCAGCGUCCAUGAUUAAUGUCUGUACAGGGCCAUCGGGAGGAGUAGCGUUCUGCACUCCCAAUCUCGCUGCUUCCCGUCCAAAAGACCUAAGCAUCUUCCACCGCCCUACAGUUGAUUCCGAUGAUAUCGACGUCAUCCGCAAAACCAAGAAGCAAGAUUUCGUGAUGAUUGUAACGUUCCUUUCCACGUUUGCUUUUUGUAUUGCACCUUCCAAGAAAAUGUUGAAUACCAGGUUAGCGAGUACAUCCCCUUGCUUCAGUACAUCCAACAUCACGGAAAUGGCUGAGGUCCCACUCGGUAUUCUGACGGACGAUUUUAACCCAUUCAACGCCGCACUAAUCAGCGUAAUUAGUUUCGUCGGAAAACCAUGUUUUAGCGUUAUUUUCCACAGCACAUUUCGUUUGACUGAAUCGUACGCCGCCUUAAUGUCCACAAACAGAUGAUGAGUCUACUGAUAAGUUGUACUCUCGGAACUCGUUAAGUAAUUAAGGCAGGGUAUACAUCUGAUCCAUUGUGGAGCGACUAUCACGAAAACCAUCUUAGUACUUGCCGACGAAGAACUCCGCUAAUGGUCUCAGUCUACAGAACAGGAUACGAGAAAGCACCUUAUAGGCAGGACUGAGCAAUAUAAUCCGUCGAUAGUUUUUACACUCGAGUCUAUGUCCUUUUUUGAAAAUAGGGAAAAUGAGGUCAUCCAAUCACUCAUCCGGCAUUUAUUUUUCCUCCCAGAUCCUGAAAAUGAUCCGGUGGAUUGCUCCGUACAGCCGCUCGCUCCACACUUUUACAAGGUCAGCCGGGAUACCGUGCUACCGUUUUUCGGCCCACUGGUUGCCUUCCUAACAUUUUCCUGUGUUGGUGGCUCCACAGCUUGGCCAUCGCUCCUAUUUCUCAUCCUGCUUCUGCUGAUCUCCGUGUAUUCAACUCUCAAUUCAACAGCUUUUGUCAGUAAGUAGGUUGCUAUCUGGCGUAUUCUGCCGCCACGCCAUCUGCCGUCAACCGCUGGAUGUCGCGCGAUUCUUAUACACGACGAGAUAGUAGUCAGAAUCGGUAUUUGGUUCACGAAAAGACCGUACAUCGAUGACAUUCGAAAAGUGUCGACCGUUAAACAAGACAUGAUCGAUAUCUGAGAGCUAGAGUCCCCAUUUGGAUGCCUACAGGUGUGUUUCCGAUUUUUCAGACGUGGGGUGUAGGUGCUACAGACGGCCAUUAGCCUGGCUGCGGUGAAGUUUAUGACCUUCAGACCACUAUCGUUGGUAGACAGAUGAAGGCUAUGUCUUCUAAUGACAGGACGGAAGAAUUGCUUGCUCCCGAUCUGCGCGUUUGUCGCUACGAUGAUGAUUUUCACGUCAUGUUUUGGGCACUCUCCAUAGGUCCUCUCUAGUCUAUGAUAGAACUCGUCCUCAACAUCCUUGCGGGAUACCGGGUUUCACAUUCAGCCACUCACUUCAAGACAGAUGCUGUUUGAGCCGCUCCCGUCUGGGCAACGAGGAUUUAGGUUCUACUACACCUCCUUCUAUCUAUGUCUUUCCACGUUUUGACAAUUGGCACUGUCAUACCAGUCGUUCCGCUGAUUUUAUGCCACCAACCCGGUGCAAGUCUGUGCACCGGCUAUGUCCAAUGUAUUCCAACAUUCCUCGAGAGGUGCUUCGUCCAGCUCGUCUGCUUCCGGCAGGCCAGCUUUGAGUAUAUGCGCGUAGUUUACGACGACACAAGGCUGCUUCAGUCGCGCGAGAUUCAACCGAGUCUGACGUCGAUACCGAAUGUUGUUAACAUCUGAAAGCGUUGGGCUCAUCGGCACCUCGUUAGGAUCUGACGCCAAUGAUAUCUGAGAAGUACCGGCAACCGAUCGAAACGUGAUCGAACUGUGGUGUUUCUGUCUGAUUUGCUGAUUUCCACAUGUACUUGUAUAGGAGUUUAUACUGGAAGAAGAUACUACUUAUGGCCAAGUUCUUGAAAGCGACAAAGUCGAUAAGUUUUGGGCCCAUUUCAUUGGUCAGCUGGUGCACCUUUAAUCCUUCAACCACCGGUUUGUAUUCCUUCGCCUUGUUGACCGGAGCGUUGAAAUACCCGUUGAAACUGCGCAUAUAAUUGCUCCUUGUCAUCAUCGGAACGUCCGAGGUGAAGGAUGAUGCUUAUAUUGAAGAAGCGCCCCUUGAUUCUCAACCUGUACUUUCGACGCCGAUUGGCCCCCAUUCACUCAGCACUCCGUUUCUCCAUCUCGCGUGUCCUGAAAUCAAAUAAAAAAGAAGAAUUCUUUUUUAUUUCAUUUUAGGUUUCGUAUUCUACUAAGACGCUCCAAAAACUUUUGUCAUGUAGUGUGUAUUGCCGUUGAGUGAUAGGCAGUUCUACGUCCCGUUUUAUUCCUGGCCUGGGCUCACCACUGCGACCAGUAAAAGUUGAUCUAUUGGGAUACUGCUCGGUAGUUUACUGUAAUCUGUACUGUAUUUCUUUUUGCUCUAAUCGAUGUUGGGUUAGUGACAUGCUUUUUAUUAAUGUUAUACAUGCUUGUGUAUUACGUUUUACCCUUCUUUCAAAGGUUACUCUAAUUUACCCACCUCAUUCCUCACACGCCAGUGCUAUCUUCAAUUAUAGCCGUCCCUGCGGGAUUCUCCAAUACGUUCAACUGACCACUAUACUAACUGCAAGUGUGGUCAGAUUUUCAAAGUGGUUUCAUCCAGCUAAUAUAGAACAUAACAUGAAUGGCUCGUUUUCACAAGAUUCGAACCGACGACCACUCGCUUGUCAAAGCGGACUUGCGAUCGGCUACAGAGCGUUCCGUUUUUCGUCGUACAUUACGUAUUGAUUUUUGAUAGUGGCGAAUUGCAAGGCUUGCGGCACGAGAUCCCUGUCUCACUAACGAAACUCAGAGAGCCCUCCUUUGUUGUCAUGCUUGGUUGUCAACGGGGUUCAGUUACCCGAUCUUCACUAAGCUUGUUCGUAUUCCGGCCGGUACCAUAAGGCGCAGGAUCCUUUAAUGCCUAUAGGUGGCAUGGCACCGACUGUACUGUACACUCAAGUCUUUUUACACGGUUUAUUUUUACGAUUUUUGAAUUAACACGGUUUUUUUAUGACGAUUUUUGAAUUAAUACGGUGUAUUUUUGACGUAGAACUACGUUUUACGGCAUGGGGUCAAUCCAAAAUUUCAAUUCAAGCCAGCGUUACGGAAGAAUGAAAGAUUUUGAACGCUAAUAGCUCUUCCAGUUUAAAACGGAUUUUAAUGAUUCGUAUACCAUUCGAUUCAUAAAAGAUGCAACAAUUGUAUGGCAUUCUUGAAAAGAUUGUUUUCCAGUCGUCCAGUCGGCACGGGUGACCAUUACAUACACCAAGUUUGUGGCUGCUGCUGGUGUUGUUUCAAGACAUAGAAGCAAAACUAACUUGCAGCGGUUGUGCAGUUCCGCCGUCUUGCCAUGUAAAAUCUGAGAACUAAUCGCUGCAACUUUCCACUUCAAUCUUAAAUGGGAUAUCAUCGCCUAAAAAUUUAUUGUACAAGCUUCACUUUCGAUCGUGUUUUUUGCUUGUUACAUUCGUUUUUGGCAUCAUAAAAUAGCUGACCUACCAAAAAUACGAUGCAAUUUAUUAAGCAAGAUAACACUAUUAUGUUAUUUGUUUUUUCUACCUUUAUUCUAUUUUACGCUACACAUAGAUCAAUAUGGUGUAAAAGUACAAGGUAUACAGCCCUACGGGUUGUACGAAAGGGUGACGUAGGACUAUGUCAGAUCAUUAGAUCAAAGACUAAUGUUAACUGCAUUUAUGGCAUUUGUACGUUUAUAAGAAUCUGUGAGUGCCAUUGUUUAAGUGGAUGUUUAAAAGAGAAGAGCGCCCCUCCCAGUUGGCCUCGAGGUAAGACGCUUGUCUAAUAAGCCAGUCGUCGUAUGUUCGAAUCUCGGCUGGAAGAGGCCUUUAGAAUCAAUAGGAUCGUAGCACUGACCCCGCACUGUCCUGUAUUCUAACAGCUGGUUGCGAAGUCUGUCGUAUAAAAACAGAAGGUCAAAUUUCGAUAACGGAAUUAGCACCCAGGCUUUGCUUUUUAAAAGAGAAGAGCGAAAUAUUCAGAUUAAAUUCUUCAUCGAAUGCAAUGGUGGAUUUGAAAAUACGUGAACGGCGAUUCAUAAGCCUGCAACCAUCGAGACAUAGACAUUUCUUUUAAAACUCACUUGAGUGCAUCAUAAAGGUUGAAAUAGUAAUGAAUGACCAGCCUACAGAUUAUUGUAUUAAAUAUGAUUAUGCGUAGCUUGACAUGUUUCAAUAAUCUUACGUUAACGCUUAUGGCCUUUAAAAGGGCCAUUGGUUACAAAUAACGUUAAAGCCAAAGCACGUUCAUCGCAAAUAUGACGUGCAUUCGAAUGUGCUUCUCUUUUGACAUGAAUGGCAACAGGCACGUAAGUUAGCGGCGUCGUUCCACUGUCUUUUGCUUCGAGAACGUUUUACUAGUUUACUUUCACAUCUUACCGCUUAUUACAUAGCAGAAAAUAUGGCACAUACGUAAAAAUUUCUGUUUUAUUUGUACGAGAGUCCUUAUCAUCUUACCACAGGGGUGAGAGGUCUCAAACCAUCAUAAAAUCAAUUCAUGCCUCCAAAAACCUCCACAUGCCAAAUUUGGUUUCUUUUGCUUGAUUAGUUUUCGAAUUAUGAGGAAAUUUGAAUAUUAUUUGUAUGGGAGCCCCCAUUCUUAAAGAAGGGAGGGGUCUCAAUUCACCAUAGAACAUUUUUUUGCCUUCUGUAACCCCCAUAUGCCAAAUUUGGUUCCAUAUGCUUGAUUAGUUCGAGAUUUAUGAGGAAAUUAGUAUUUCAUUUGUAAGGAAACUCCCCUCUUAGAAGUGGAAGGGGUCUCAGUACACCAUAGAAAAAAUUCUAACCUCCAAAAACCCCCACAUUCCAUAUUUGGUUCCUUUUGCAUGAUUAGUUUUCGAGUUAUGAGGAAAUUUGAAUAUUAUUUGUAUGGUAGCCCCCCUUUCUAAAGAGGGGAGGGGUCUCAAUUCACCAUAGAAAAAAAUUUUGCCUUCUGAAACCCCCAUAUGCUAAAUUUGGUUCCAUUUGCUUGAUUAGUUUUCGAGUUUUGAAAAAAUUUGUGUUUAAUUUGUAUAGGAGCCCCCCUCUUACGCCCUCCUUAAAAUUGCUCUCUUAUCCCCCUAUAAAAUUGCUGGUCAUUUUAUCUAUCCAACGACAUAUAAAUUGUUCAGUUUCGUUCAGUAGUUUAGUAGUUCUUAGCAUUUGAAAUCUUUCAUUCAAACGUUACACUUCUAUUUUCGUUUUCACAAAGUGCUACCCAGUCCCAGUAUAGUAAACAAAGACGUAGUCCUACGUCAAAAUUCUUUUUUAAUAUUCAAAGUUUUCCGCAAAAACCAGCCUAACGUAGUUCCACGCCAACUACGCGGUCGUGUUUGAAACACAACCUUUCUGAUUUUCAUGACGCUUUUUGAAAUAACGCGGUCUUUUAUAUCAUUUUUCGAAUUAACGCGGUUUUUUCAGCGAUUUUUAAAUUCGACCGGUUUUUUGGUGGUUUUGAAUUAACGCGGUUUUUUACGUCGAUUUUUGAAUUAACACGGUUUAUUUUAUGACGAUUUUUGAAAUAACGCGGUUUUUUAUAUCAUUUUUUGAAUUAACGCGGUUUUAUUUAACACGGCCCCCGUGUAAAAAAAGACUUGAGUGUACUGUCAUUUACCAGCCCAAUGCACAGUGGUCCAAACAGCGAAAUGCGUGAUCGUGUGAUAUUGCGCCGGAACGUGAAGUUUUUCGCAUGUAGUGUCUUUAGGAAUAUUUCUUGGUAUAACAAGCCCCUUCUUGUGAGAGAGAUCUUUGGAUGAUUAAUUCCCUUUAAAGUGAGAUACGAAAUUUAUUUUCUCGUAUAUUUGAGAUGCAGGUUUGGUACUUUUAGCAAAGUUGUAGUAAAUAUCAAUACAAACAACUUUGUCAAAGACAUCAUACUUAUAUUUCUUCAUGGAAAUUAUCAAUGAAGCGUUAUUCAUGGACAAACCCUUCACCAGUUUUUAAACCCUGACUUAUACUGGUCAAUUUUUACGUGUUCAUAGUGUUCUAGAAAGUUGUUUAUCUUGCUAAAAUCAACGUUUCUGUAGAACAUUAUUAUAUGUUAUUUUCUAAAGUUUCGGAGAUUUUGAGCUAUUUUGGUAAAAAAUAGUACUUUUUGAGGCAUGGUGGCAGAUCAAACAACUCCUAUUUAAAAGUACAACAAAAAACCUGUAAAAGCAAGUGUCAAUUGACUGAAUCUGUUUGUAUCCUCAAAAGUUAUAGUUGUUUUAAAAAUCCAUCUCAGUCAUGUUUACAGAACAAUUAAACUGUACUUCGUAAUCGCUUUCUAACAAGUUAAGUUAACAAUAAUUUUUUCGCUGAUUUCCGAUUCGAACUUUUCGUAUUGUAUCAAAUUCAAAUCGGAAGAAAAAUCAAUGUGUAAGAAUCGAAAUUUCAUAGUAAAAUUACCGAAAUUCCGACCGAAUUCAUGGAAACCCCCACUGAAUCCUAUCUCUCGAUUUAAACAUUGCUUUAAAUACUCAUUUUAGUACUACCUUAUGAUCACCCAUAAUGCAAUAAUCAAUUACUCAUGAUGUAAAUACAAUUUUUAGUUAGAAAACUAUUUCAAAAUGGCCAACGAGUCUGUAGCUGCAAAUCACCGCGAUACCGUGCAUCGCCCGAAUCACGCCCGGAACGAUAUCCUUUCUGUUCUUUCCAUAAACCAAGUUCCGGCAAACGAAACGAUUGCCAUAAGCCAUAAGUCAUUCUCGAAGUCCUUAUAACAAGCAAUGAUUUUGUAACAAUACUGCUAGCAUCAUUUUUAAAGCCAAAACAAAUAGAAGAAGUUAGGGAAAAAACACAUUACCAGUGUCAUGAAAAGCAAUCGAACGAAAGACCCCGACGCGACGCGUGCCGGGGUCGGGGUGUGUCAUGUAUAGGGUUAGGUUUUUUUUCCAAUGCAAAGAAUAGAAUGCCGAAAGUUCGAGCACGUGCGACAAGAGAGAGAGAGUAAGAGAGAAAAAAAGAGAAACAAAAUGGUGCCGUUUGAUACGAUUAGUCCGGUAGGUUAAACUAGUGAUUAUUGAAAUUGAUUAUUGAAAAUAAAACAAAGGAACUAACUGUAGUUAAACUGAAAUUUAAUACAAUAAGCUCGUGCAGAGAUUCGUGAGAUUUCAGAAAUCAAAACAAGCUUAGCUCUGAACAUAGCCGAAUGUGCAAGUGACACAUGUGAACACUGAAAGAAAGCCUAAAUCUCGACCUAGUCGUCGAUCGAAGUCGGUAGUCGCGGCCGAAUCAAGAGUUGAGAAAAGCUAAACGCACCGGACGUCUUCCAAUCAGCCGUCUUUCAGUUGGAUUUACGAUAGUAUUGCGAGUAUUGAGUCAACUUCAAUCGAAAGUUGAAAGCAUAGCGCAAUAGUGAAGAAAAAAAAAACUAAAACGCAAAAUUAAGUCACACAUUGAGAAAGGUGAGAAGAAACGAACGAGAACUAGUCAACCGCGAAUCAAUCAAAUCAAUUCCAAACCAUAUCCAUACCUUGACGAACGACAAGGUAAAAAAAAAACAACAACAACAUAGAAACGAAAACUGCAAUAACUGAGUGUAGUAAAUCUUUACCCUAACCUAGAAAGAGAAAUUGAAUGCGACAAACUAACCGGAUCGUAUAACUAUAGAUACACAGCAACAAUAUCAAUCCACCCAAAAAACGUGGAAUCCAUACUUAUCCGCUUAGAACCGUAGACAGUCGUUAAACCAAACAAAAAA